UGAUAGUAACUACGGAUUCUCUCAAGCUUGGGAAACAGUAGCCUGACCCAAGUUGGCACUCAUACAAGGCACCAAACCGUCCCGAGUUCCAGUCCCCGAAUCAGCCUCGCAGCUGCCUAGCCAUUCACAGCCUCAACCCUCGUAUCUUCCAACCACAACAGCUUAAUCGCGUGGAUCCCCCAGAUCGCUCAAGAGAAGCAAAAAUCACGCUCAGCGCGCACCAAUUUUCUCUCUCAAAUACUUAAACGCACAAACACGCAACCACCCCAGUCCAUUCGCUACGAGGAUACAAUAGAACCCUCCGAGCCAGCGUAUAGUUCUGUCGAAACACGCAAUCGUUUGCUAGCCGGAGUUUACUCCUUCGAGGACCUCACCAUGGCACCAAAUAAUCCAUUCAAUCUUGGAGGAGGCAACAAAUCCCCUCUCAUUCUCCGCUUCUACGACCCAGACAUCAAGGCCCGAGACGCCCAUGGACGCACUCUAGAUGAAAUCCUGGAUUGGAGGGAUGCGCAACUUGAGCGCAGCCAUGACUAUAUUCAGAUUCUCUUUCCGCUUCCAGAGGGUUCACCUUUCAACUAUGCGGCCCCGAUUGUCGAUCGUGAGGUCAUGGAGGCAUUUCACUCGCGCACAGAGCUGAAGAAUAGACUAGGGGAGAGUUUCGAGCGAAUGAUAGAGUUCUAUGGGUUUGCCGUUUCCGCUCAAGGUGAAGACGCCGAAGAAGGGGGCAAACUAAAGGAAGAGGAGGAAGAGAAGGACAAACGGGAGGCGACGACCGGCGCUGAGGAGGCUCGAGAAAACGGGGCGUCUGAUUCCUCCGCGUUACAGAGCACAGAAGGGCAGUCCGACCCUACGGCGGCCUCAGAGACGACCACCCACGUGGAUGUCGCAUCGAACGGACCCACCGCUGCACCAUCAAAUGAGACUACCGCCGGAGCCAAGAGCGACUCGAAGCCCGCGAACAAACCGCUCGUCGGCUUCUACGUAGUCCGCGGCCCACAUUGGCAGCAGGCCUUUCGCAACUGGGCCAUCCGCUUCGACCACAACCACCUGCGAAUCACCCGCAUCCUGCGCUGCCUACGAGUCCUCGGUCUGCAGACAGAGUGCGAAGCAUUCUACACAGCUCUUAAGGCCGUCUUCAACGACCCCAACAUCUACAUCAACGAGCGAUCCAUGAUCUUCUGGCGGAGGGCGGUUCGGCAGCCAUUGUAUAUUGCGCCGGAUGGCGAGCGGAUCGCUUGGCUUAAGAAGUGGGAGCAGGCGCAGGAAAUGGCCGAGGAGGAAAGGGAGGCCAAGAAGGCGAAGACGGAGGAUGAUGUGCCGGCUGCGGAGCAAGCCAGAGCUGAUUAGGAAUUCGAGGCCGCAGGUCUACCAUGGCGGCGACAGCGAGUACCAGUGAUGGUAGGUUCCGCCCCUUCUGAGGUGAGCAACCUAGAGCUGCAUCCCGCUGCCUAAAUGGAAGGGGUUCAUGGAGUACCGGGUAUGACUCGUCCAAGCAUUCAGUUAGCAUCGCAGUUGAUACCAAC